AUGGCCGAGUUUAAAGGGAUCGAGGGGAACGGCGAUAGGUGUGAAGAUGCUCAAGCCACAGCUGGUGGUGAAUGUUAUUUUAUUUUCUAUCUGGUUCUUUGGCUCAGGUGGCACAGAGCUGUUUUCACCAAUCUAGUCAAGCCUGGAAUUCUCCUUCCUGAAGAUGAUCCAUCCACAGGGAGUGAUUCUGAACUUAGUGAAACUGUGAAACCUAAGAAAAUAAACAUCAUGAGUAAAAUGUGGAAAACGGUUGUCAGAUUAACAGCACAUCACCAACAACAACAGCAGCUGAAGGCACUGGAUAAGAGAAUGCAAAGUAGCCACCACGGGAGCCUCCCGAGAAGCAGAAAUAUUUGGGGUUUUCCAACAAAAUAUGAUCUUGUUCCGAGAAUAAGCAGGGAUGUUGACUCACAGAAACCAUUCCCAGGAAGAAAAGCAUCAAGUUGUUUGAAAAAUAACUCAAUAUCAUACAGGCACAGGGACAAUAAAGCAUCCAAGGCUACAUCCAAGCAACUGCACGAUAUUGAUGAAAACAAGAUAUUUUCAACAUUGAAGACACAUCCUCAAAAAACUGAAACUAUUCAGGUUGAUGUGGAUGUUGUGGAAGCGGAGACAGCGAGGAUUGUUGGUAACAAUCUAGUUGUGAGAUCCCACCGAAUGUCCCGGCGAGUGUCUGUUACAAGCCUCCCUGCUGAACAGCAAAAGGCAGUCUGUUCAUCAAAGAAAAAGCAAUGCUUUAAGAUAUUCAAAAGGAUAAAAAGAAAAAAUCUGGAACAAAAUAGGCGGCACUCUUUUCUGACAGUGGGGAAACUGCAGGCUCAAGUGGAUGAACUGGUAGACACAGUUUCAGAAAAAUCAAUGCGAUUACUGGCUCAAAGACAUGCAGAACUCCAGCAGUGUGAGAAUCUUGGAGAUGAAAUUCUACAAUCCUCUAAGCAGUUCCAGCGAGUUUCCAAGAGAAGUGCACAAAAGUACAAGUGGAAGAAUUGUUUCCUAUGUGGGUGCUGCUGCUAAA